AUGAAUAGUUCUGUGUUAAGGAAUUUGCAAAUACCUUUUUAUAUUAAAAAUGGACAGAAGAUAUGUUGUGAUUUAUUUCCUAUGAAUAUGGUUGUUCAUAAUAGACAUAUGAAAUAUAUUACAAAUAUGAAGCAACAGAAUUAUUCUUCUUUUAUUUGUAAAAGGAAUAAUAAUCAUAAUAAUAAUAAUAAUAAUAAUAAUUUAUGGUAUAAAGAAGAAAGGUAUAUGUUUAAUAUAAAACCUAAUUUAAACUAUAAUAACUAUAAAAUGUUUAGUAGUAAUGUAAAAAAAAAAAGAAUAGGUAAUAAAUCAUUCGAAGAAAGGAAUAUGACAAAAGAUGUAGAAUAUAUAUAUCAAAAUAAUAAUAGCGAUUUUUUUUUUGAUAGUGAUGAAAAAUCAUCAUAUAUUAAUAAUUCUCAAAUGGAAUAUGAGAAGAAAAAAAAAAAAAAAAAGAGAUCCAAAAUAAAAUUACUUUUUUAUUCAUUUAAUAUAAUAUUUGGAGGAUAUGUAAUUUAUAAAAUAUAUAAAAAUGAUCUGAAUUUAUCAAAAGCAGAAGAAGAUAUUAUAAAAGAUAUAAUAAAUAUUUUAUAUUCUAAUGAAGAAAAAAUAAGUAUAAGAAAUUCGAAAUUUUUAACAUGUCUUAAUGAUGAACUAAAUAGACAAAUAGCCAUGUAUUUUAUUCAACUAGAUACUGAUAAAAAAUCAGGAUUUCUAAGAAGUGAUGCUAUACAAUUAUUAUUAGAAUUGAAUAUAAAAGAAGAAUAUCCAAUUAUUAAAAAAUUUAUUAAAAAUGGUAUUGGAAAAAAUAAUGAUGAAAAAAAAUUAAGUGGAUGUUCAUUACAAGAAUUUGCAGAAUUAAUUGAAAAUAUUAUUUUAACAAAUAAAUCACCAGCAAUAGAUGAACAAGAAGAAAACAAAACACCAACAUUUAAAAAUGAAAAAGAAUAUUAUAUGUAUAUGUCACAAAAAUAUUUAGAUAUGCUAGUUAAUUUUAUUAAAACUACUAAUUUAUAUUUAUAUUAUCAAAUGAAUAAACAAAGAAAAAAUAAUGAUAUCAAUUCUUUUCCAUAUGAUAUGGAUAGUUUUGAAAAAGAAAUUUUAAAUAAACUUACCACAUAUAAUAAUAAAUAUGUAGAUAAAACAAAUCUUUCUUUAGAUUAUCUAUUAAGUAAAGAAGAAUUAAAUAAUCUCAGAAAAAAUAAUAACCCAUCCAAAGGACAAGAAGAUAGAGAAUUAUUAUUAAUAGAAAGAAAAAAAAUUGAAGAAAAAAUUAAAUUAUUACAAGAUUUACAAAGAAAGAGAAAAAAUCUUACAGAUAUAGAAAUUAAAAGAUUGAUAGAUCUAAAGGCAAAAUUGAGGACAGUCAAAAAGGCCAUAUGGAAGGAGGAAAUAAAAAAAUAUUUUACUUAA